AGGAUGGGGGACCUGUCCAGCAACUCCAGCCGAGGAACUUACAACACCAACCUGUCCUUGAUGCCCGAGGAGGAGAACUAUCGCAACGUCGCUGACGUUACCCUCAUCCUCAGGAUCAUCAUCUCCAUCAUCUACUCCAUCGUGUGCGCGGUGGGGCUGGUGGGCAACCUGAUGGUCUUCUUCCUGAUGAAAGUCAGGCAAAGGCGUAAGAAAUCCACCAUCAACGUCUUCAUCCUGAACCUGGCGGUCACCGACUUCCAGUUCGUGUUGACCUUGCCCUUCUGGGCGGUGGACACGGCUUUGGACUUCAGUUGGCCCUUUGGAGACGCCAUGUGCAAGAUCAUCCUCUCGGUCACCGUCCUCAACAUGUACGCCAGUGUCUUCUUCCUCACAGCCAUGGGGAUCGCCCGCUACUGGUCCGUGGCCACGGUGUUGAAGAGCGAGAGACCUCGUUUCUUCUGCUCGGUCAAGUGCAUCAGUUGUGCCCUGUGGUUGGCAGCCUCCAUCGUCACUGUGCCCACUGCUGUCUUCUCUACAGUCAAUGUGAUCGCGGGGGAGAAACUAUGUCUACUCAAGUUCCCGGCGAAGGAUUUCUGGUUGGCCCUCUACCACCUCCAGAAGAUCAUCUUCGCCUUUGUCUUGCCCACCAUCAUCCUGUCCAUCUACUACCUGCGCCUCCUCAGGUUCUUAAGCCAACGGAAGAUGCACAGCACCAACAACCCCAAGAGAAAGUCUAGGGUGACCCGCUCCAUCACCAUCAUCAUGCUCUCGUUCUUCCUCUGUUGGCUGCCCAACCAUGUCAUCACCCUGUGGGGGGUUUUGGUCAAACUCAACGCUGUGUCCUGGGGCGAAGCUUAUUUCGUGGUGCAGACCUACAUCUUCCCAGUGACCGUGUGCUUGGCUCACACCAACAGCUGUCUGAACCCGGUGCUGUACUGUCUGAUGAGGAGGGAGUUCAGGGAAGCGCUGAAGGAGGUCUUUUGGAAGAUCUCAGCUCCGGCUGUGACCCACACCUGUCCGACGCGACCCCGUUCGGGCACCUUAAAGCCGGGGAACCCCGAGGUCCAGACCCGGCGCCCCCUGGACCUGGUGGACAGCGGAUCUCGCAGAACGGGGUCUGUUUACAACGAGAAAGUGUGA